CACACAUACUCACUCACACACACACUCAGACACACACACACACACACAAGUGCGUGAGUGGACACGGACACAGACACAGAUAAUAAAAACCCUCAGUUUCUUUCAGCGGUACAGUUUGUGGAUCUUCGUGUAGGUUCUGUGAGCGCCAUCAUGGAUCAGAUGAACUCAGUGAGCGAGCAGGUGAAGAGCCCAUGGGGAACUUCCAAUAAAACAGCAGUAGCAGCCACGUCCCUGACAGAAGUGAUGAGUGAACAGCUGGCCAAACAGCUGCAUGAGGAAAGUAACUCCUUCCUCGCCAGUCCUGAUGAGCUGGACCUCGGCAGUUUCCAGCAGGAUGCAGAAACCUCCAGCGACCUGAUGUUGGCCCAAAUGCUUCAGAUGGAGUUCGACAGGGAGUUCGACACCCAGUUGCGUCGAGAAGAAAAGAAGUUCAAUGGAGAGAGUAAAGUCUCGAUCUCCUUUGAAAACUACCGCAUGGUUCACCCGUUUGAGGACAGCGACAGCUCCGAUGACGAAGUCGACUGGCAGGACACGCGUCAUGAUCCGUACCGUCUCGAAAAACCAACCACUACACCGAAGAAGGGUUUCACAGGGAAAGGCAAGAACAUCACCACAAAACAUGAUGAGGUGGUGUGUGGACGGAAGAACACUGCUCGCAUGGAUCAUUUCGCCCCGGAGGUGCACGUAGGAGACGGGAUCGGCAUGGACCUGAAGCUGUCGAAUCAAGUGUACAACGCUCUGAAAAGACACUGUCAGACCGAGGAGAAACGCAGCGCUCGACUUCACGAGAAGAAGGAACACUCGACUGCCGAACAAGCAGUUGACCCCAAGACCAGGUUGCUGAUGUAUAAAAUGGUGAAUGCAGGAAUGCUGGAGAACAUCAACGGGUGUAUCAGCACAGGGAAGGAGUCGGUGGUGUUUCAUGCCGAUGGAGGAAGCUUCGAGGAGAUGUCGAUUCCAGAGGAGUGCGUCCUCAAGGUCUUCAAGACCACGCUGAAUGAAUUCAAGAACCGGGAUAAGUACAUCAAGGAUGACUACCGCUUUAAAGACCGCUUCAGCAAGCUGAACCCUCGCAAGAUCAUCCACCUGUGGGCUGAGAAGGAGAUGCACAACCUGACCAGGAUGAAGAAAGCUGGGAUUUGCUGCCCCCAAGUGGUGAUUCUGAAGAAGCACAUUCUCGUGAUGUCGUUUAUUGGUCAGAACCAGGUACCAGCUCCGAAACUGAAAGACGUGGUGCUGUCCCCCGAAGACAUGACGAACGCGUAUUACCAAGUGGUUCAGAUGAUGCAUCAGCUGUUCCGCGAGUGUAACCUCGUUCAUGCUGACCUGAGCGAAUAUAACAUGCUGUGGCACGAUAGAAAGGUAUGGUUGAUCGACGUGAGCCAGUCUGUGGAGCCCACUCACCCUCACGGUCUGGAGUUCCUAUUCCGAGACUGCAGGAACGUUUCCACAUUCUUCCAGAAAGCCGGUGUGUCGGAAGCCUUGGAUGUGUAUGAUCUCUUCAACACCGUGUCUGGACUGAAGAUCAGCAGCGAUAACGAGGCAGAUUUUCUAGCGCAGAUUCAUGAACUGGAGAAGAUGAAUGAGGACCACGUGCAAAAGCGAAGCAGGAAAGCCUGCAGUGAUGCCUCAGAGAACGGCCCGCCCCUUUUAAACGAAGACGAUUAACAAACUAAACAAAAAGCGAAAGCAGGUCAUGAAGGAAAAACGUGAGGAGUGCAUUAAACAGCAUCUCUUUUUUGCUGACUAGGCGUCUGGAAACCCCUACCUUUAGGUUUAUUAUUAGUACGAUUCUGCAGCAGGUCUCUGAGCUCAGCCUGGUGGAUGCAGAGCUGCAGCAGGAGCUGAAACGCAGCAGAACGAGGGAGAAAUUAACGAAUAAAACGAGGCACGGCGUCUUAAAGUCCUACACUGCACCGUUCCCGUAACGCUCGCUUUGUGUCGCUCGUGUCCGGGGGGGUGAUGUGGGUCUUGUGGCUUUAUUGUAAUGUGUGCGUGUGUGUGCGCCGGCUUCGUUUUAACACUCGCACACAAAACGAAUAAACACCGAAAUUGGAAAAUC